AUGCAUAACAGUAAGAAUCGAAAUCUUUUAUUUAGACUUGAAUGUGCACAAAAUGAUGAUAUAAUAACAAAUAAUGAUAUAUUUCACUCAUCUAUAAAUAAUUAUCAUGAUUCAAAACAAAAAAUGUAUUCAUUAGAAGCAACAAAUAAUGAAGAUCUAUUAUUAAAUUAUCAUUAUAAUAAUACAUCAAUUACGAAUACCAACAAUCAUUUAUUAUUAACAGGGGAAGAAAAAGAAAUUUUACCAUAUGAAAUGAUUAUUUCGAAUGAGAAUGAAAAUUUGACAAUGGAAAUAAAUACUAAUAUACCUGAAGUAAUGAAUGAAAAUACUAUACUCAAUACUGGAUUCGAGUUAAAUCAAACAGUAUCAUUAACGAAUAGUAGUGCAUUUAGUACUGAAUCACUUUCAUUACCAAAUAAUCUUCGUUCUCGUAUUGGCUUAAAUGUCCAACAAACAGAUAAGUCUGAAAUAAUUCAAUCAAUUCGAACUUCUCAAGAGAUUAAUCAACAAAAAUGUUUCCAACAAUAUAAAAAUAAUAAUAAUAUAUCGAUUUCUUAUAUAUGCAUAAUUAUAUUCUUGGCUUUACCAUUUAUUCUUGGACAUAUUGUUACACGAUGGGAUCAAUCGAAUAUAAGUAAAAUCGUGGAAGAACUUGCUAAAACAAAUCAACGUUUUAAUGACGUAAAAGAUAUCCGUAUAGGAUAUGUUGAAGAGAAAUUCACAAAACAGUUAGAAGAAAAACUUCAAACGAUGAUUCAUCAACAAUCAGCAUGGCAUGAUCAUGAAAAAUAUGCUUUUAGUUUACAAAUACAUGAACUUCAAGAAAUAUUAAAGAUGACACGACAACAUUUGACAAAUACAAUUCAUCAACUAACUCAAGAGAAUGAACAAUUACAAGAAAAAAUCAAAUUAUUAGAACAUCGUUUAGAAGUAACUCAAGAACAGUAUUCAAAAAAUACGAAAAUAUGCAUAGAAGGCGUUAAUUGUACAAAAUCAACGUUCAAUCAAUUACUUACUAUUAUAUUCAAGCAAACAGCUUCUAUUGCUGCUGAUAUUUCAGUCACUUUAUCGAGUUUUUUUGAAUACUUAAGUGCAUCAGUUAGUAAUAUCGUUGAUCAUCGUCAUAAAUAUGUUGAAAAAAGUAAACGAAAGUUAACUAAUUUUGCUAGUUUAUCAACUGUUAAAAAAAUUCAAAUAUCAUUACGUCGUAGUAUUGAUAAUCUUUUUUCAUCAUUUCGCAAAGCUAAAUUAAAUUAUGUUACAUGGUUUAAAUCACGUAUACAACGUCGAAAACAAAAUCAAAUACAGAAUAAUGAAAAAGAAAAACAAUACCGACAAAUACAUAAAAAACAUCCAUGGCGUUGGACAUUUCAACAAGAUUUUAAUCGAAAACGCACACAUGAUCAAAGAUCAAGUAGAGAAAAAACUUGUUAUUCAAAAGAUAAUUUUCCAAUGAAUAAAAUAUGUUCAAUAAAAAAUUGGAUGGUUAAAUUUCUCCGACCAUAA